UCCUCUCUUCUCCGUGCUUCAGUCUCUCUACUCUCUCUUCGACAGGCUUCCCUCUGCCAGCUGAACAGGAAACAAGAGGCAGGUUCAAACUCGACAAACACUGCAAUUAGACACACAACCGUAAACUCGCACACACACACACCCACCCACACGCUGCAUAAGGCGUCUCCGAUCAAACUUCUGAAUGCUGAAUUGAUUCUUCACACUCAGACGGAGAGGAAUGAAAGACAAUUGAGAAGAGCGACAUAAGAAAGAGAGAAGAGUGAGAUGAAAACUUCCGAGCAGAAUCUGUGUGUCACUCAGAGGAAGGAUAAGGAGAAGAUCCGUCCUUGUGUGCACCUUUGUGUGCACGGAUAAGAUGACCAGCUGCUUUCCUGAUCGCGUGUGACCUUUGACCCCUGCUUGUCCUGAGUGUUAAGUGUGAGAAGGGCACGAGGCACGCGGACACGAGGGGGACGAUGUCCUCCGCCGAGCUCGUCCUGGUGCUGUUCCCGUACGAGUACGAGGCCAAGGACGGCAGGCUCGUCACCAUCCAGCAGAACGACCGCUACAUCCUAGUCAACCGAACCAAUGACCACUGGUGGCACGUGCGUGAGAACCUCGACACCAAACCCUUCUACAUCCCAGCCCGGUACGUCAGGAUACUGGACCCAAACACCGACCAGGUCUCCCUAAAUACCUCUUCAAAUGCCUCUGAGCGAGAUGGCGCUGCAGAUGUGCUCAAAGAUGAGACGGCACCGUCGGUUCUACGCCAACCUGAAGGAGAGGUCACGCCCUGCUGGUUAACCCCAACAGAGGAAAAGACUGAAGUGGAGUUAGCACCUCCACUGAGGGAGUCAGAGAGUGUUUACCAGACCACAGAAUGGGCGCCUGGCGUGCCUCAGUCCUCCUCAGAGCCCGGACAUGACUGUUUAGACUCCUGGCAGCGGCAGGGCAGGGAUGAGGGGGGCCACAGUGGGGGCCCUACCUCUGGAUCCGCAGCAGCGGAGGAUGAGGACAGCGACAUCUCCGAACCUCAUCCAGCUGGACCACAUCCCUCUCAGGACCUUGGAGUUCCUGUGUGGGAGGAUCACAUAGAGUCAAGCCCAGGCCUACCGGAGACAAAGACUGACACUUCACCACAAGACGCAGGGAGUGGGCCUACCUUGGACCUCGCGGAGGACAGGAUUUACGACAACAUCGGGAGCGCUGAGUCGGAGCUGGGCCUUCGGGAGGUAAAGCCAGCCCCUGCUGAGCCUCGCGCAGAGACCACUGUGACUGACACGACGCCUGCCGUCACUGAGAAGGACACAAGCCUAGAGACCCCGGUCACUGAGACAACGCCUGCAGCCAUUCAGAAGGACACCAGCCCAGAGUCACCCGUGGAGAGCGUGCCACCACCUGCAGCCGACCAGGUCGAGGAGGAUGGCAAUCCGGUGUACGUGAACUUGCCCGCAUUCCGCCGGAAGCCCACCGAGCCGCCGUUCGACUCCUCCGAGCCGUCCGGCACUUCGCCUCCCCUCCAGCCGUCCUCCCCCCUCUCCUCCUCCUCCCUGUCCCCGUCCCCCGACCUCGACUACGACCUCGUGCGCAACGCCCCUCCUGCUGAGCCCGACUCCGAGGGAUGGGAGGUGCACGUUGACGAGGAGAGCGGUCAGGAGUACUUCUACCACGCGGCCUCGGGUCAGACCACCUGGGACCGCCCCCCCGCCAUGGACCUCCAGGACCCCCUGGCCUCCCCGCGCUCGCCCCGCUCCCCGUCCCCGUCCCCCUCCACGCCCCCCGUGGGGCCGGCACCCGUCCCCCCGCUGGCGGCCAGCCCCCCCGGGUGGCGCGCGUCCGACUGGGAGCGCCUGGUGGACGAGGCCAGCGGGAGGCCCUAUUACUACAACCACGCGUCCGAAGAGACGUCCUGGGACCCGCCCGACGGGAUGCACACACACGCCUCGCCCAAAACACAGCAUUCCCCGGAUGACAGACCGCCCCCUCUCCCUGAGGAGGACUACCCUGCGGAGGAUGAGUAUACGGUGUGUGUGGACGAGGACGACCCAUCGGGGGGCACACGGAGUCACACACACCCCCCAGGCCUCGCCCUGCCCCUCCCUGCAGCCUCUGAGUACACACUGGCCCACGUGGGCAUGGGGAGGGCCGUCAUCCCGCGCGCCUGCCUGGACCGGAGCACCCCCGCUGGGUGGACCCUCCACGUCGACUCCGACGGGACCUGGGUCUUCACCAGCGACCACAGCCAUGAGCAGUGGAUAAAGUCCCUGGAUGAUCGAGGUGAGACGUACUACUAUCUGAAGGAUGGGUCCCGCUCACAGUGGAACCUUCCAGAGGUGAGUCAGAGCCAGACAGGAGUGGGCAAUGGCAGCACAGAGCCUGAGGGCCCAGGAGUGCGCAGAAACUGGAGGCACAGUGUGGUCCCAUCUCAAGAGAAGCCCAUCCACCGUAGGAACUUGUCCGACUACGGCAGCGACUUGUCCAGCUCUCCUGAGAUGCACUCUCAGCUAUCGAGCUUAGAGAAAGCCGGCAUCCUGAACAAAACAAAGGUGUCAGAGAACGGCAAAAAAGUCAGGAAGAACUGGGGUCAGUCAUGGACGGUUCUCCACGGAGGAGUUCUCACGUUCCACAAAGACCCAAAGUCUGCACCCAGCAGUAACUCUAACAAGAGCAAUCAGAUCCUUACGGAAUUCACCGUGGACCUCAGAGGGGCUACGAUUGGCCUAGCUGGCAAGGAGAAAUCCAGCAAGAAGAAUGUUAUCGAGCUGAAGAGUCAGAACGGCUCGGAGUACCUGAUCCAGUACGACACGGAGAGCAUCAUCAGCGACUGGCACAAGGUCAUCUACGACACCAUCAGGCAACUGCAGGAGCAGGAACAGGAACAGCAUCAUCAUCAUCAUCAGCAGCAUCACUCAGAGGAAGAGGAUGAUGUGUAUGAGAAAGUACCAGGUGUAGAUGACCGACCGCAGAGUGGACAGGACAAGAAGCGCAUCGCGCCCAAGCAGAGCAUCACAAGCUCUGCCUCAGAGGCAGAUCAGAAGAAGGUUCGCACCAAACUCCUCAAGUUCCUGCUGAAGAGGCCCACACUACAGUCAGUCAAGGAGAAGGGCUACAUAAGAGAGAACGUGUUUGGCUGCCACCUGGCGAACCUGUGCGCUCAGGAGCACCGCACCGUGCCCAGCUUCGUGGAGAAGUGCAUACGGACGGUGGAGUCAAGAGGUUUGGGGAUUGAUGGCAUCUACAGGGUCAGCGGUAACUUGGCCACCAUCCAGAAGCUGCGCUGCAAAGCAGACCACGAGGACAUAAACAUUGAGGACGGCCCCUGGGACAUACAUGUGAUCACAGGGUCCCUAAAGCUCUUCUUCAGGGAGCUGCAGGAGCCGCUCUUCCCCUUCAGCCACUUCAACAACUUCAUCGCGGGCAUCAAGAUCCAAGACUACCACGAUAAAGUGUCGUACAUGUGUGAGCUGGUCAAGUCCCUCCCCCCUGCCAACCACGACACCAUGGAGCUGCUCUUCAGGCACCUACGCAGGGUGAUUGAGCAUGGUGAGGAGAACCGGAUGACGGUGCAGAACGUGGCCAUCGUGUUCGGCCCCACGCUUCUCAAGCCAGAGACGGAGUCGGCCAACAUCACCAUGUUCAUGAUCUUUCAGAACCAGAUCGUCGAGUUCAUCCUCAACGAGUUUGAGAACAUGUUCUACUCAGGAUGACCCCCGCCAACCCCUCCCAUCACCUUACUAUGCCCGGUCCGCUAUAAGAUCCAGCAUGAACACACACAGUGCAAACACAAAUCUCGCAGCGUGGCAUUGUGGGUAACCCGGAAGGAAAGGCAGGGCUAUAGAUAGGAACUCUCUGAGCUCUCUAUAAGAUUUUUAGCUUUCAGCUCAGCCUCUUUAAUUUAUUUAACAGAUAUGACUUGAAGUUUUCUCUGGGGUCUUUUUUCGUCCACAAGCUCCCAGGAUUGUCUCUCCAUUCACUGCAGUGGUGACGUCACAGGCAGAGGGUUGGAGAGGGUGUCUGCAGUAGUGUAAUGCACCUUUAAUGUGAAGAGAUUGGGGCGACGGGCGGGGGACGGGGAUAUCACUUACAAAGACACAUUCUGCAACCUACAGUCACCCACAAUCCUUCAGUAUGAGAUUUUACAUCCAGGCUGUCGACAGGGAAAUCUAAGGAGAAUAUGAGGGGUUAAAGGUCAUAACAAUUAUGAGGGCACAGUACACAGAGAACAUCCUGUCCAUUCAGACAGUUGAUGUGUUUGUGUUUAUCUUCUAGCUAACUUGACUUUGUAUAUUUGUUCUUUUUUAUAGUCCACCCCGUUGUUGUCCGUUCCUUCUCAGCAGUUCCAGGGGUUUAGUGAUCUAUGUUCCGUUCCUUCUCAGCAGUUCCAGGGGUUUAGUGAUCUAUGUUCCGUUCCUUCUCAGCAGUUCCAGGGGUUUAGUGAUCUAUGUUCCACAUUGAUGGCCCACCCAUAGCUCAUACCCAUAGGUUUGACUCUUUUGGAUGUCAGAUUGUCCAUUAAAUCUUCCAAUAAUUCAGGAGCCCAUCAUGUUAUUUAUCUUUUAGAUGAUUUUCACAAUGUGGCCUUUCUGGAAAAUGUGUCUUAAUGUAACAUAGAGAUGUACAGAGAGACAGCUACUACCAUAGCCUCGCAGGUAAUGGCAUGGGAACCUACGACACGCACACACAGUUCAUUUUUUGACAUUUAAAACCUACUUUUUUGACAUGAAGGCACAAGAUUUUUAAAACUGUAUAACAAACUACUGCGCUCUGCUAUGCAGUGGUACCAGAAUAUAGAUUUAUAUAAUUAAGAGAAACUAUGAACAUAGCUAUUAUUUGUAAGCAUUAAUGAUAUGUAAAGACAUUCCAAUUAUGAUUUAAUGAAAAGAUUUGUCAGUGUAAAUGUAUAUAGAAGAAGGGCAUAUUUAUGCUGUAAAAUACUCCAAAUGGCUGUAUUUGCUUAAAUAAAGAAUGGUUUACACAUCCUA